CUUGGAGAUGAACUCGCCCGUGCGCGGCUGGCCGCCCCGCUAUAGGGGCGAAGGCGCCUGACGCAAGCGGAACUCGGUGGAGCCCAUACGAAUCAGAACAGAGCGAGGCUCCUGGCGCACUAGGGACUCCAGGAGGCAGCUCCGCCAGAGACGCGGGUCGUGCUUCGGGAAACCGGGGGGCGGGGGGAGGGGAAGAGCGCAGAAAAGAAAACCCACCAAGGCGGGGACUGGCCUGAGCGGGGAGGGGCGGCGAGGCCGGAGCCCCUCUCUGUUGGGCGGACUCCCCAUGGCCAGAGGCUGAGCUCCACUCCCGCCGGCCGCUCCCUAGGGGAAGGGGAAGGAGAGGGGAGAGCAGCGAGAGGCCUCCAGCAAGCAAGCGCGGGCGGCAUCCGCAGUCUCCAGAAGUUUGAGACUCGGCCGUAAGCGGACUUGUGCGCCCCAACUCUUUGCCGCGCCAGCGCCUGGAGCGGAGAGCAGAGGCGGCCCGGCCGCGGCACGCCGGCUUUGUCAUGAUGGCCAGCUACCCCGAGCCCGAGGACGCGGCGGGGGCCCUGCUGGCCCCAGAGACCGGUCGCACAGUCAAGGAACCAGAAGGGCCGCCGCCGAGCCCAGGCAAGGGCGGUGGGGGUGGCGGCGGGACAGCCCCGGAGAAGCCGGACCCGGCGCAGAAGCCCCCGUACUCGUACGUGGCGCUCAUCGCCAUGGCGAUCCGCGAGAGCGCGGAGAAGAGGCUCACGCUGUCCGGCAUCUACCAGUACAUCAUCGCCAAGUUCCCGUUCUAUGAGAAGAACAAGAAGGGCUGGCAAAAUAGCAUCCGCCACAACCUCAGCCUCAACGAGUGCUUCAUCAAGGUGCCGCGCGAGGGCGGCGGCGAGCGCAAGGGCAACUACUGGACGCUGGACCCGGCCUGCGAAGACAUGUUCGAGAAGGGCAACUACCGGCGCCGCCGCCGCAUGAAGAGGCCCUUCCGGCCGCCGCCCGCGCACUUCCAGCCGGGCAAGGGGCUCUUCGGGGCCGGAGGCGCCGCAGGCGGGUGCGGCGUGGCGGGCGCCGGGGCCGACGGCUACGGCUACCUGGCGCCCCCCAAGUACCUGCAGUCUGGCUUCCUCAACAACUCGUGGCCGCUACCGCAGCCUCCCUCACCCAUGCCCUAUGCCUCCUGCCAGAUGGCGGCGGCCGCAGCGGCUGCAGCAGCUGCGGCUGCAGCCGCGGGCCCCGGUAGCCCUGGCGCGGCCGCUGUGGUCAAGGGGCUGGCGGGCCCGGCCGCCUCGUACGGGCCGUACACACGCGUGCAGAGCAUGGCGCUGCCCCCCGGCGUAGUGAACUCGUACAACGGCCUGGGAGGCCCGCCGGCCGCACCCCCGCCUCCGCCGCACCCCCACCCGCAUCCGCACGCACACCAUCUGCACGCGGCCGCCGCACCGCCGCCUGCCCCACCGCACCACGGGGCCGCCGCGCCGCCCCCGGGCCAGCUCAGCCCUGCCAGCCCAGCCACCGCCGCGCCCCCGGCGCCCGCGCCCACCAGUGCGCCGGGCCUGCAGUUCGCUUGUGCCCGGCAGCCCGAGCUCGCCAUGAUGCAUUGCUCUUACUGGGACCACGACAGCAAGACCGGCGCGCUGCAUUCGCGCCUAGAUCUCUGAGAGCCCACCGCAUGCCGGUGCAGACGGAUGCGAGGAUGCAGGGACGCGCGACGCCGGCCCCUGUCGCAGCCGACGACGCCGCCGCCAGCCUGACCUCACACCCUCUGGGCCCGCCUCUGGAGCCAGCGCCCAGGGUCCCUCUGUGCUUUUUCGCUCUCCUAAGCUCCUGUCGCUCCUCUUUGUCCCCUCAGCUUAUGUCCUCCUGUGCUCACCUCCCUGACCUCUAUGACCUUGCACUCCCCUGGCCUGAAGCUGCCUCUCUGCGCGCUUUCUACUGGGCUCGUCUCUUUCCGGAGCCCCAGCGUCUCCUGCCCAAAUUCACCGCGGAAAGGGCCCGGGGCCGAGGUGCGACCGGGCGUCGGCAGCGCAGACCUCUUGGCCUUCUCUCACAGGUCGGUGCGCUCGCGCUCCGCGUUCCCCGCCCGACUGCCGUGCAGUCCGUGGCUAGACGCGCCGGACAGGACCGAUGGCGGGACCGCGCUGCCCGAGAAAGGGACGGACCAAUACGUGUGUUUGCUCCGCGAACCCUCUUGAAGCUGUUCAGAAGCCGCUUGCCGCGGGGCCCACUAGGCGGGGCGGGGGUUGGGACCCAGCGGGAGCCGGGGCAGCCUGGCUCCACGGCCUGUGCUCGGUUUACACCGCGGGCCGGCGCGGAGGGAGGCUGCGUUUCCUCCGCUAUCAGUCCCGUCGCUUCGGGCACCUCCGGGCCCCGGCGGCUGGCUAAUGUUUUGUUUGAAAGAUCAGUGGAACUUUUUAAGACAGUAUUUAAAAAAAAAAAAAGGAAAAAAAAUUCACCGGGCAACCGGGGAAGUAUUGUGGCCUUGGAGUUUGCUAAAUCCAAAUAUGAAAAUCAAAAGCUUUAGUAUUCCUCAUCUUCUCUUCUGGAAGAUUUGCGUUAGAGUUCCUAUUGGGCCUUCAAAAAGCUGUGUUCAGAGUUAGGAGAAUAUAUCCAAUAAAAGAUGGUUUCGUCUACCAAUUGGGGAAGUUUCACCCUCUCCCUAUCUGAAGAAAAAAAUCAAAAACAAAUGUCCCCGGAUCUUCCGAUGCAAGUCCUGGAGGCAGGGAGAGCACUGCCUGCCUGGCCCACGCUGCUGGGACGGCUCGUCCUCCCUGCUUUUUGUUUUUCAAACGUCCUGCUUCUCCCACCUUGGGAAGGAGAAAUGUGAAACCCGGCAGCGGCCGACCUAGGCGGUCUUGUGGCCCGGAGCCGGCCCGGCCCGAAAACCAUAGACCUGGUUGUACUGUAGCUUGUUGUUUGGGGGACCAAAUUUUCUAGAGAGAACUAGAGCACUUUUGUUGUGUUUUUUUGUUUUGUUUUUGUUUUUUGCCUUGUCGAUUCCCGAAUAAAUUUUUUGUUCCUUCUUUUAACACGGACUUCUUUAUUUCUGUCGCUCCUAAGUUAGUUCAGCAGCUAGUUAAAAGAGGAAGAUUUUCAGCAAAAUUUUAUCUUUUUCAGAAUGAGUUAAAGAUUGAGAGCAACCGGGGUGGCAGGCGUUUGUGGCUGUCGCUGCUGCUUUGUUUUCCUGGGGAUUGUUUGUUUUCUGUGUCAUCACUGGCCCGUUGCGGCUGUUUAACGUCAGCAGAAAGACUUUUUCUGCCGUGGUUCGUUCACAAGGCGCGACUGUAGGCAUCCUGCGAGAGGCUACAAGGCAGGAGACUAAGCCACGGGGAUUCUCAGGGGGCAUCACUUCAAGACUGGGACUGGAGCUUACCAGGAACCGGCAGGAGCAGGAUGGAGAGGGAGGCUCAGCUGGAGCAGGAAGCCCUAGAGGCUGGUCAGGCCUGGUGUCUGGGUGCCUUUGGUGCCCGGCUGCUCCACUAUCUGGCUAAGGGGAGUUGCAGAACAGAAAGCAGCCUGCUGUGUGCAUGUCUGUUUGUGCUUUGUCUAGCGUGAAAAUUUAGCCCAUGGGCAAGUAAUUGUGUAGUCUGUAUCUGCUGCAAAUGUGUGUGUACAGUGUCAGUUGUGUAUUGGUGACAGGGUGGGAGGUGUGUGUGUCUGUCAUUCGCCUGCAGAGUGGGCAUAUAUUUUCAGCAUUGUAAUAAUCAUAUGGCUAACACUUAGGAAGUGCUUACUGGGACCACAGUGUGUGUGGCAUUCAUACCUCAUUGGUGAUGUAUGCAUUUGUGGGUGUGUAUUCCUGGCUUGCUGAAAAAUAAAAUAAUAUGGACAGAGCCUUUGCUUCAUCAGGCAGAGGCUCCCUGUUCUGAAGCUGGCUGUCAGCACUCCCCCAACUGCCGUCUCAAGCAGAGAAAGCAAGGGAGGGAAGCUUCCAGGACCAAGCCCUGGUGGGCAGGUAGAAGCCCACCUCCAGUGAGACGGAGAAGUUGGCCGGGGCCAGCAAUGAAGGACCAGCCUGUCUCCUCCCCGAGAACUGAAAGGCAAAACGCACCCAAGGCUGGGAAGAGAGCAGCAGCCUCACCAAGUAAGGAAGACAGAAUGAAGCAAUCAGUGAGGGUUUCCUGGGUCUACACAGGGAUUGAAGGAGGUGAGAGAAGGGAGCCAAAUCAUACCCCACUUCCCCAUGGAUGCCCACAGGAAAAAUCUGUCUAACUCCAGCCCUCGGGAUUUCUCCAAAGCUCUUAAGUUUGGUCAUUUUCCCCAGGGCCGAAAGUUUAGUUCAAUGGCAGGCUUUCUUCAUCUCUCAUUUCCUUUCUCUUCUCUCCCUCUUCGCACUUUUGAGUUUCUAUUAUAGAAGCUGAUUUAAGCAAUUCCUGAGGGCAAAAGUAUUUGAGUUAUAUAGCAAUUAUGCCUUAGCAUAUACAGUCUGGCCUAGAUGGCUGGGCCAUGUGAGUGUGUGUAUAUAUAUUGGCCAGUGUGUAAAUACAAUGUAAAUAGAGUUUAAUACAAAUACCCAGCCAAUUUCUGAAUGUCCUGGGUAAUGAGUUGCUCUUGCAUGAAGAUUAUGUGUGAGGUGGGUGUAAACAUCUCACACACUGCUGACAGUAUGAGCCCUCUCCUCACAUUUACACAGAAAUUCUUAGAGUCACCUCCACCUCACUAAAAUUGCCCAGUCAGAGUAAGUGGGUUGGUUUGGAGAAAGCAGGGGGAGGUGUCCUGUUCUCAAGAGGGACCUGGAGAAAUCUUUGCCAUUGAAGUACAUGCACCAAGGGACUGUGGGAAAGGGACCUACGGAGUUCUGGAGAUGGUCCUGUACCCUACUCCAGAGGGUAUUGACGGCUUGUUUCCAGCUUGCAUCAGUAAAUAGUUUGCUGCUCCAGAUCUGAGGCUUAGAUGAGCAAGAGGCCCUGGACCUUUCAUCCGAGGUUAGGUGCAUCCAGCCUUUGCCAGGGUUUCCCGGAAGCCAAGGCUGGAGAUGGGGCUGCAAGGAGCCCCCUGGCGGCGGGUGGAAAUUGGGGCCAGACCCAGGCUUCAUGCAGCCGGACAAGCAGAAUAUGGGCCAGGAAUCUGGGUCUGGCCCAAGAUAGUUUGCUCUCAACCGAGCUCUUCCCUUUAUGAAGGUCUGGGCCAGGCUUCAUGGACAGGAUCACCGGACCAGACUCCUGGCUUCUGGGUGGGGGUCUAAGGCCAGGAAACAUCUUGAUCAGGCUCAGCAUCCCUGCAGUGUCCCCAUUCUGCAGAUCUAACCUGGUGGUGACCCUGGGGCCCUGCCCGUCAGGCCUGCCACCACUGUGUGGCAGCCCCUACUCCUUGGAGUAGACUGUGGGACCCAUAGAAAAGAUGGGGAAAGGAUGGGACUAAGAGCCCCAUGCCUUCGGGACAACCAGGAAUUAAGGAUUCUUAAAACCGAGCAGUCUUAGCAACUUUCCACUUUCUGGAGAGAGGACUCCCAGCUGUCAUAAAAAGAGUGUCUUGGGUCUAGGAACCCAAAAUUACAUUACAUUUGAGGAAUCUCAGGUCCUAAGAAGAGAAGAGACCAACCAGAGGUCUUCCAGGUAUCUGUGAGGCAAAUGGCCUCCGAAAUUUUUAAAGGAGACUUGACAGCAGCUGAGCCUAGCUGCCACUGAUGCUCAAGGGAGCUGCGUACUAAGGGAGAGCCUCCCAGGAGUAGUAAGGGAGAGCCUCCCGGGAGAAGAAGGAAGCACAGUCUGAGCUGUGCCUUUUGCCUUUUUUGUUUGUUUGUUUGUUUCUGUACCACAGAAACUGCUGCUGCGCAGGCUGUUUGCCGCACAGGCUUGGUGCUGAGCUGUGAAAAGCAUGUUCUGGGAUCUUGUCACUUCGCGGAGGUGGCCUGUGCAGCAUGAGGCAAAGACCUGGCCUGUUUAGUCAGGAAGAACUGGGUUGGAGCCUGGUGUCCUCUUUAACAACUAUGUAACCUUGGGCAAAAUACCCAUUCAAAUUUCAGUGUUCUCCUCUAUAAAAUAGAAAUACGUGUGUGUAUCAGAAUUAUUAAAAUAAUUAAAUUUUCUAAUUUUUAA